UUUCAUACUCCAGACUCCCGGCGUAGGUAGAAGAUGGCAGCCGAGGCGUGAUUCGGUCCGGGCAGUUCUUCGAGAGUAGUAGGACCGCAAUCAGCUCCGGAUUUCGAGAAGAAGAAGCCGCCGGGAAUAAAUAGUGUGCUAUCCCUUCGUGCUCGGCCUUAUUUUCAUCGGUCGGUGCCCGUGGCCCGGAAAUCCCAUAGGAAGCCACCGGAAGAUGAUUUGAGGAAAAAUAAAGAGAGCUAGGCGAGAAAGAGAAAGAGAGAAAGACAGAGACAGAGAUAGGGAAGGAGAGUAAGAGAGAAAGAGAGAGAGAAAGAUCCGGCACCUCGUCGCUCGGCUACGCUUCGCUCGCUCGCGCGCGACGUUUCUCUCCAUCUCGCUAUUUUUCUGUCGUUUUUUUUCGUCGCCGCGCAAAGAACCGCUCGCGUAAAAAAAACAGAAGCGCAUUCUCCAAAUCGCACACGGAUCAGUUGUCGGUAGUUUAAUACGAUCGUCGGAAGGAACGACCUGUGAUCCGCUCCGUUACGCUCCGAUCCGCUUGGCUCCGCGUGCCGCGUCGUCUGAUGAGCGAGGAGGUGGUAGAUGUCGGUGAUUAUGCGCGUAGUAAUGAGUAAUUCUGUAAAGACCGUCGGGAUCGCAGCAGCCGUCAUCGUCGCAGUGUUUUACGAGCAUCAUGUAAUAUGGAAUUAAACAAUGUUGUUAAGACAUAAACAUGUUCUGGCUACACUGUGGACUCUUUGUUCUCGUGAUUGCCGUAUCUGGAUUUAUUAGCAGCUUAGCCGACACUACAUCUAAACGAGAAGCUGACUACACUUUAGAUGAUUCCUUUUGGAAAGAAGAAGAAACUCCCGUUGGUGAGGUCGAACGAUUACUACGCGAAUAUCGACAAAACCAGGAGCUAGUACGAAAUAUCGGUAACCAUUACUAUCAGAUCAUCUAUCCGGUACAGCUACGGCAUCACGAGAAAAUGGGGAUAUCCACGAGAGAAGUCGGCGUGUCGAAGUUUCCUCAACGAGGUUACGGAGAAGGAUAUCAAAAUUCUAGGGGAAGAAUGAGAACGGGGAGACAUUUUCAUCGGACGUCUCUACUAAUCAAGGCCUUUAAUCACAAAUUUCGCCUAGAUUUAGAAUUAAAUACGCAACUUUUAGCUCCAAAUCUUAUGCAGAAAGACUUUUUAGUCGGUGACGCGGAAAGCAUGUCUAAGCAGGAGAUAGAACAUUGUUAUUAUCAUGGGACUGUGAGAGAUUAUCCGGGAGCAAGCGCUGCUUUUCACACGUGUAACGGCGUCAGCGGUGUCAUACAUUUAGGCAACGAGACCUUCGUCAUUCAUCCGUUCUAUGGCGGCGACCUGUCGAAACAUCCUCACAUUAUAUUUGAAGCCCGAACAAAAGCUAACAAAGGUUGCGCUAACACGGGGAAUUUUGACCGGCGUAAGAGUCGCCGGCAGAAGCACAUUCUAUCAUCAGGGUUAUCAGAGGCCGUUUCCGAUCGAUACAAAAGAGACGUCCGUGAUGCAACCAAAUACAUCGAAACUGCCAUCGUUAUCGAUAAGGCUAUGUUUGACAAAAGAAACGGUAGCACUAGAGCUGAGGUUGUUCACGAUGCCAUCCAAGUCGCUAACAUUGCAGAUUUGUAUUUCCGUACGUUAAACACUAGAGUCUCCGUCGUAUACAUCGAAACCUGGCAGGGCAGCAACCAAGCGCAAAUCAAUCAAGCCGACAUCGGUCAAGCCUUGUUAAACUUUAACGAUUAUACGAUGCGGAGAAUGUUUCAAAUUUCUCAGGACACCACCCAAUUGCUCACGGGUGAGACAUUCUCAGGUGGAGAAUCAGGGGUAGCUGUACCAUCGACCGUGUGCAGCCAAAAAUCCGUAGGAAUCAGCGUCGAUUUAAAUACUUACGAGCCCCACCUCUUAGCUGGCACAAUGGCUCACAUGAUCGGUCAUAAUAUCGGCAUGAGCCACGACGAUGGAAGAAACGAUUGCAACUGCCGCGAUUGGCACGGAUGCAUCAUGGCCCAGUCCAUCGUCGGUCUAGAAAACGUUCAGCCGUACAAGUUUUCCGAGUGUAGUAAAACCGAUUAUAUAGAAGCCUUGAGAAGCGGUAACGGCCUCUGCCUUUUUAACAAACCAAAUGAGCUUGAGAUAAGAAGAUCAUGCGGAAACAGGGUAAUCGACGACGGGGAACAAUGUGAUUGCGGUUCGAUCGACGAGUGUCACGAGUACGAUCCCUGUUGCGAUCCUAUCACUUGCAAGCUGACAACGGAGGCCGAAUGCGCGACCGGCCCGUGUUGCAGCAAUUGCAAGCUCCGUGCUAGCGGUGUCGUGUGCCGCGAGUCAACGAACGAAUGCGAUUUGCCGGAGGUGUGCUCCGGCGACACCGGCCAGUGCCCGCCGGACGUUCACAAGAAGAACGGCAACCCUUGCUCAAAUAACGCAUCUCACUGCUUCAACGGGAUAUGUCCGGCCUUGGAUCUGCAGUGCGAACAGGUCUGGGGUUACGGUGGGAUCGCCGCCGAUCAGAAGUGCUUCGAGCAGUUUAACUCGAAGGGAUCUAUCAACGGCCACUGCGGUACCGACGCCAGCGGUCAUUUUAUCAAGUGCGAGGCGGAAAACGUUCGCUGCGGAUCCCUUCAGUGUCAACAAGGUAGCAAGCAACCGGUGAUCGAGGGAAUGAAGGAUUAUUACACGAGAACCAUAAUUUCCAUCAAGAAAGAAGAGUUCGAAUGCAAAGCUACGAGGGGAAAGGUGGAAGGAUCCGAUAUGCCGGGAUGGGGAUUAGUUCGUGACGGCACUUCCUGCGGUGACAACUUGAUUUGCAUAAAUCAAACCUGCACGAGUUUGUUUCCACACAUCGAUCAAGAGAAGUGUCCCAGUAACAUUGGCGACAUCGAAUGUUCGGGACAUGGCGUGUGUACGAAUGUCAACAAGUGUUUCUGCAACCCCGGUUGGAGCGGAACGGAUUGCUCCAUCGUGCAGUCGAUCCCGACGCCGUCGACCACAUCCACGUCCGAACCGGUUAACAAACCCGAUAACAAAAUGGUGAAGAAAGAGACCCCCUACGAGAACUACCACGGCUCUAACACUGUAUUUUUAGUUGGUAUGCUCAUGUCGGUGGUAGGGGGUGUUUUCGUAGUAUUUGCUCUGAUGGCUCUCUGCUACAGGUCAGUCGUAGUACAUAAAAACUUCUCCCUCUGUCUCAGGUUAGUGUGCAGAAACAUACACAAGUAGAAUUUUAUUCUCUCUCUUUCUUUCUCUCUCUCUCUCUUUUUUUUCUCUCUCUCUCUCUCUCUCUUUCUCUCUGUGUCCUCUUUUCCAUCUUUUCUACUUGAGUUUUCUAUUUCUCUCUCUCUUUUUUUUUAUACGUGUGCUGCACGAGAGGAUGGAACAAGUGUGCGCGCGCUAAGAGUAGCAUGUUUGCUCUUCGAAAAAUUUGCAGCUUCUUUUCUCUCAGCAAGCAUUUUUUUGUUUCUCGAUGUUGCUUUCAUGCUAGUACAGUUUGUUCGUGUAGUUUAAUGCAGAUUGAUAUAAAUUCUGAUAUAAAAGAGCGUUCGCGCGGUUCGCUUUGUUUACUUUGAGAAGGCAGUUUUUCCUCAUUUGUGAGCAAUUAAUCACUUAAUCGUCCAUCAUAAUCUAGUCCAUUUACACGUACAUUUUGUUUAAACGCGAAGAACAGUUUGAGGUAGAAUAUUCACGAAGACAUUUGAUUUAAAAUUUCUCAAAGAAUAUAAAGUUUCUCUAUUUACGCUUUUUUUGGUGCAUGUAUAUAUAAUUAUAUCUUUUUCUGCGUAUAAGUAUUUAUUUACGUGCUAUUUUAACUUUCCUUCUUUUACGAUCUCUGUGCAUAUUCGCUUUUUGCCUUUUAUCCGCUAACGAUAAGAGAAGUUGCAAAAUAUAUCCGACAUUAAUUGUCGUUCUUAACACAUUAUAAGUAAUAAUGAAGUUCGUUCGAAACUCUUCCUUAAUAUCAUCUUAAAUAAACACCCUUUUUUCGACCACGUAUAUUUCGAAGCUAAAAUUUAAUUCUAUUUACCAAGAAAAAACUUUUUACUUGAAAAUUUUUUAACAACUCUUUUAAAUAUGUAAACCUUUACUUUCAAAUCUCAUCUCUUAUCCAUAACUUUUAUCUUAUCAGUACCCAAACAGAAUUGGAUUUUUUUGCAUGUCGAGAGUCCGUUGACUUUCGUAGCGAAAAUAAAAAAUAACUCGGAAAUUGAUAUUAUACACACAAAAUUUACUUAUAGUGCUUAUAUUAUUAUUCAUAAUAAUUAUAAUCGCAGACAAUUAUGUACGUUCCACAAACUGAUAAGAGGGAUUAUCAAUGUUCUCAGCGACAGAUGUGUGUAUAAAAAUAAAUAAAAAUACGGACAGUGAAAAUAUUGAAUAUUGUUUCAUAUUUAUUGUUACAAAUUGUAUUGUAAUGCCGGAACUCAUAUAAUUACGACAAUAAAUUAUUUAUAUAAAGUUCUGUGAAUUCUACUAAUAAAUAUUGUGCAAUUAUGUGUGUUGGUAUAUUUAUCUCGUAUAUGUCUGCGGAAUAAAUUCUGAUUAUAUUCCAGGUAAUUAUUGAGUAAUAUACGAUUAGCAAAAAAAAAAAACUAACAGAAAAUUAUAUAACUGAUCCUUGAGCUAAUUCUCUAAUCAUACGCCGGCAGUAUUACUAAUUAAUAACAACGUUAACAAAUUCUAAAUAACUGGUAAUCCCUCUUAACGCUAUUAAAACUCUAAAAAUUCUCCGGUAUUAUUUAAUGAUUUUUUAAGAGAGCUUGCAUGCGCUUCUUCAUUUUUUUCCCGCGUUAAAAAUUCGAUAAU